AUGGAUCCGCGGAUAAAGUCUGCGGUGAAGGACACGAUGAAUGAGAAGAAGCGGAUGUCCGACACCAGCGAUGGCACCACUGAUGGCACCAGUGAUGGCCCGACUGAUGAGAGGCGACGGGAAGUCGCAAAGUGUCCGGAAGUGGAUGUGAUUCAAGAGAGACAACACUUCUAUCAUAUCGUCAACAGCUUUAAGAGCUAUAAAUUAAAUGGUUUUAAACGUAUGUCCAAAAUGUAUCGCUAUUUGGAUUCAUUGCCUCAAAGACACCAACAAUUGUUAGCCAAUUAUAGACAACAUCUCGAAGAUGUUUGCAAAGCCAUUGAUAGCAAUCACAAAGUGAUUGAACUGAUCGUUGAAGACAUCUCUAACUUAUUUGAAAACAUUGAUUACACGACUCCUGACCCCCAAAGUGGAGACCAAUGGGACUCCAAGUCAACGAAACCUCAGGAGCCGUUAGACACGGAUAAAGUGAAUUCAGUGUUCAAACAAUUGGUGCGCGAGUGGACUGAUGUCGGCGCCAAUGAGCGCAAGACGUGUUUCGAGCCGAUCCUCAACUCGAUUGAGGAGCACUUCGGGGAGUGCGGCGACAGGAGUGGUGUCCAAGUGUUGGUUCCGGGCGCCGGUUUGGGGCGACUGCCCUAUGAGAUCGCCAGACGUGGGUUCUCCUGUCAGGGCAACGAAUACAGUCUAUUCAUGUUAUUCACGUCCAAUUUCCUGCUCAACAAAUGCAAACAACGAUUGGUCCACACGUUCUACCCCUGGGCUCAACACUUCACUAAUAACAUGCGUUCGGCGGAUCAGUUGACAGCCGUGCGCUUUCCCGACGCCAAUCCCAGCGAUUUGCCCGCAAACUGUGACUUUUCAAUGGCCGCCGGAAACUUCAUCGAGAUCUAUACGGAACCGUCGACUUGGGAUUGUGUGAGCACUUCCUUCUUCAUCGAUACGGCCAACAAUGUUAUCGAUUACAUCCAAACCAUUAGCACUAUCCUAAAGCCGGGCGGCAUUUGGGUCAACAUCGGUCCACUUCUUUGGCACAAUUCNAAGUUUUUAUUUUGA